UUUUCACAUUCAUUCAUUCAUUCAUUCAUUCAUUCAUUCAUUUAAUCUAACACGGAAAAAUGCAGGAGGGAAAGGUGGUGGGACAAGAGGAGUUCUGAAAAAGAUCCGGGGGCUGUAGUGGACUGCAAAGUCAGCAGGUGGUGACUUGGCGGGUGAAGCCAGACAGCCGGAGCCUUGUGGAAAGGAGCCGUUCUUCCCUGGAACGGUGGACAGGCCGCACGUGGCGGUGGGGGCAGGGAGCGGGCAACACUGCGCAGAUGCCCCAGGUUGCCUAGGCAACGGGCGGGGAAAGAGAGGCCGGGCCCCAUGGUGCUGUCCCCGGGGCCCAGCCUGCUCCGGUUCAUCUUUCGCCUUCAACUCGGCCGUCACAGCCGCCCCCCGCGCAGAAGCCUCGGGGUCGCCUCCACAGGAGACAAGAGAGGCAGCAAAGACGUGGGCCUGGUGCCCAGCAUCGUGCCCACCCUGCACUUCCAGGACAGCCUGCCCCGAUUGCCCAUUCCCAGACUCGAAGACUCUAUCGCCAGAUACCUGAGAGCGCAGGAACCUCUGUUAACUGCAGAUAAAUUCAGGAAAACAGCAGCAUUUUCCCACAAGUUUCAGCAUGGCCUCGGCAGAGAGCUGCAUGACAUGCUGAUUUUCCAGGAUCGACACAGUCAGCACACUAGCUAUAUUUCAGAUAUAUGGCUGAACUCUUAUCUAGGCCGACGCAAUCCACCUGUGUUUAACAUGAAUGUAGGCUUGGCUUUCCAACCAGACCCCAAAGCAGAGUAUAACGACCAGCUCACACGUGCCACCAACGUGACCGUUUCGAUCAUCCGAUUCCUGAGGGCCUUCAGAACUCAUACACUAGAGCCCGAGGUGCUGUACCUCUACCCAGAAAGGACCGACACGGAGCUCUUCAAGAAGGUCAUCCGCUGGAUCCCCAAGUCACUUGUGUGCCAGAUGGCCGCCAUGUUUGAUGCCUACCCCAUGGACAUGUCCCAGAACUUCAGGCUCUUCAGUACAAGCCGGCUGCCCAAGUUUGGGCGGGAUAUACUUCUCACAGACGAGAGGGCCAAACACCUGCUGGUGCUAAGGAAUGGGAACUUUUAUAUCUUUAAUAUCCUACAAAGCGAUGGGACCAUGAUCCAGGCCUCAGAAAUCCAUGCAAACCUCAAGUACAUACUCUCUGAUGAGAGCCCCGUGCCCAACUUCCCUUUGGCAUAUCUGACUACUGAGAAACGGGACACGUGGGCACAGCUGAGGCAAGAACUCCUGGCCAAUGGCAACCAAGAAGCCUUAAAGAAGGUGGAAACGGCCAUCUUCAGUCUGUGCCUGGAUGACCUGCUGGUGCAGGAUGCUGACCACUUCACUCGGAUCAUGCUUUAUGGCAAUGGGCAUAACCGCUGGUUUGAUAAGUCCUUCAACCUGAUCCUGACCAAAGACGGCUCUGCAGCCAUCAACUUUGAGCACUCAUGGGGUGACGUCAUGACCAUCCUGCGCUUCAUGAAGGAGGUGUUCCAAGACAGCACGAAGGCCCCCGCAAUCGGGCCCCGGGAGGUCCCCAUGGCCCCCAAUGCCUCCACAGCCGUGAAGAAGCUCCACUUCCACCUAAACGACAACUUGAGGGUGGGCGUCACAAACGCCAGAGCCAACUACGACGCGGCCGUGAGAACCUUCUCAGUCAAGCUGGUACGGUUUAAGGAGGGCAAGUGUUUUCUGAAGCAGGAGGGUGUGAGCCCCGGCGCCAUGAUCCAUCUCGCCUUUCAGAUGGCAUUCCUUGGGCUCUGUGGUCAGAUGGUGUCCUCCUACGAGCCGUGCAGCACGGCUGCCUUCAAGCACGGCCGGACAGAGGUGAUCCGCCCCACCUCCAUUCAUACCAAGAAAUGCUCCCUGGCUUUCCAGGAGCCCGCCAAGCACAGUGUGGCUGAGCUCAAAGAUAUGCUGUCCAAGUGUUCCACCCACCACGUCCAGCUGAUCAAGGAAGCUGCCCGGGGUCAAGGGUUUGACAGACACUUGCUCGCUCUUCGGAUCUUGGCCGACACCAAAAAGGGCUAUUUGCCUGAUAUCUUCUUAGACCCUGCCUACGAUCAGCUCAAUCACAGCUUCGUCUUCUCAAGGUAUCUGUUCAACCCGACAUUGAAUUUCGGGGCCUCUAUGCCUAUAGUGCCUGAUGGCUUUGGGAUCGCUUACUUGAUACAAGAUGACUGCAUCAUCUUCAAUGUCACCUCUUGCUGCAAUUACGACAUCCAGGACUUCAUCCAGAGCCUCAAAACUAGCCUGGAAAAGAUUAUAGUCAUUUUAAAAGGCAAGCCCAUUACACGUUAGCACUUCCUGGCCUCCCACAGAAUAAACCAUGGGAGCUGAUUGGAUGAAAGAGGAAUCAAAGCCUUUCCCUAGGCCCACAGUGACCAAAAACCUCAGUUGGGAGUUAGUGAAACCUUGUCUGCAACCUUCUGGCCAUAUAUUUCAAGGCUUCUCCACCUUUCAGGAAUAGAUGUUUGACUGCAUAUGUGGUCAUCUAAGAAAGGGCUCAUAUAUCUGGGGUUGUUCCUCCUUAUCCCUCCCAACUGUGGCCUCUCUAUUUGCCCAUCUGUCUAGCUCAGUCAUUUACCAUCUGUUUCUAUCCACCAAUCUAUCAUCUGUGUUCAUCUAUGUUAAACUAUUAAUAUAACAAUCUUAUCAUUUAUCAUCUGUCAAUUAUCUAUAUGUCCAUAUCUAUCAGCUACUAAUUUAUCACCUACCUGUUAAUUAUUGAUUUCUAUAUCUCUUUCUUUACAUCUACCCACCUAUCAUUUGUGUAUAUAUCUGUCCUUCAGUAUCUCUCUAUAUCCAUCUAUAUUAUCUGUCUAUUGAGAUUUCUCCAUUUUUUAUCUACUUAUAUCUGCCUAGACUUCCCUCCAUCCCUUUAUCUAUUACUCAGCCAUCUUUAUAGCUAUCUUUCUAUCCUUCUCUGUAACUAUAUCUCUUUUCCUAUCUAUCUAUCUAUCUAUCAAUCCAUCUUCUUACAAUAAAACUUGAAUUUAGCUGGGAUGCUUGGGUUAACCUUCAACACUUUUUUCAUUCAACUCUUACUCAAAGGCUUUCUAAAACCUCUCAGCCCACUGAACCAAAUUCCAUCUCCCUCUAAUGACAAAGACUUUCACAAUACUAGUUUGAGUGUGGACAUUACGGAAACUGUCUCUUUGAACACAGUAGUGUAGCUGAUAGUGUCAAAGAUGGAGCUGAAUGGAACGAAAGCCCAGGACACAUCCUAGUCAUCCUGUCUUUUUUUCCAAUAAAUCUCUGGUGUCA